AUAUGAACUGAGCUGCGUGACACUGUUACGUAUGAAAGUAACUCGUUUAGCUAUAAUAUUUUUGCUGUACGCAACAUUCUACUUCUGUCGCCGUGUCAAGUUUUCACUGAAGUUUACCACAACCUUGAAUAUGGGUGGAGCUUGGUGUGAGAAGCACAAAAAUCAUCAUCAGGACUGGAGUACUGUCAUUCUUAAGCGCAACCUGAAGUUUAGUGUGACUGGAAUUGAUGCCUUGAACGUUUCAUAAAUCACGGGAUCAAAAGCGAAUCUCACUGUCGGCGACGUGACGAAGUACAGGAUAGUUUCAGUAAUGAGGAGAGCCAAUUGCCCCCCCACGACGUGAACCUGCAGCGUGAGGAGGUGUUUGGGGCAGCUUUCAGAGAUGUUGUGUCUUCAAGUAGGAGGACAUUUUGAAGAAACCACAUGUGAAUUCCUAUCUGACUUGUAAGGUUAUCGCAACAUAGCUAUAAUGGGGGAGCUUAGAACAAAACAGAUUUCCUGAACAUGUCCAUCUCUGUUCUGUUGGACCAAUGAUGAUGAAAGAAUCAAAAGAUGAACAACCACAACCGACCAGUGAGAACAGCACGGUACACAAUGGGGUCUUCAAAGAUCAGACAAAACUCCUGAGUCUGCUGAAAGGCUUGCAGUUGUGUCAGGAUGCGUGGGCUCCCAAAAGCCCCUGGGACAGUCAUGGAGCGCACGCUGCUCUGUGGGGCAGACCUGCUGGGAGUUUCCUGGUGGUCCAAGAAUCAUCUCAAGACCAGCUUCUGUGUGUGUCUGUGGGUGACAGAGGGGAGCCGGUCAAAGAAUUCCCUAUCUUAACCACUGGAGCAGCUCUUCGCUUAACGGCAUCACACCUGGCUUUCCCUGAUCUCUUUCAACUGCUGCACUUCUACACAGUGAGCAGGGAUGUUUUGCCUGUCUGUUUAUUGGUUCCCUCAUGGGUUUACACCCUUAAAAGUCUACCAGAUCAUCUUGUUCCUCUGCUUGGUCCAAAGACCUGGCUCUGCCCCCUUGCAGAUCCGCUGAUUAGCAGUAUUACUUCAGAAGCACAAGACGUAGCAGAAACAUCAGAAACAGUCAUGUGCACUAUACAGGUGAUACAGACCCUCUGGGUUACAGCUGCCAGUGGUGCCAUGUGCUUCAUCAAUCCCUUGUACCUUCAAGAACAUGGUGAUGAUUGGCUUACUCAUUCUUCAGCCAGCACAGUUAAUCUUCCAAUGAACUUGAGGCGAGACAAGCGGUUGAGUACCACAAGAGCAUGGACAGGAAGAGGACUCAAAAAGAGGUCAUCUACACUAUCCGAUGACAACUCUAACAGCUUUGACCAUGACAGAGGAUCAUUUGAGAAGAAUCCAGACUCUCCAGCUACCCCAAGUGGAGUUGUUCUUCGAAGGGCGAGUGCCAGCAAGGAAGACCCCCUGAAAAGAGCAAGUGUUGAGUCCAUUCAAAGCCCUCUCCCUCAGUCACCACACCGUGUGUCGUGGAUAGAAGACAAAAUAUGGUUGAACUCUUCAAUUCCUUCCUCUCUGCUUCAACCUCCCGGCUUAGAGUUAGACUCGCUGUCAGUCAGCAGUAUAGAGGAGGAAUCUGAACCAGCUUUAAGCCCCUCCCCAUCCAUACCUUCAUCCCGCUUCCAGCUGGCAGAUAAAAUGAAGAACCGCCUCUCUGCUGUGGGUCAGGCUCUGGGUGGACUUGUGUCACCGCAACGGAGACUGAGUAAACGUGUUCAGGAGAUGGCGGAGCGAAAGAGUGGGGCUUUUGCAGAGGCUGUUAGGGGAUUUGUAGAGCAAACUCUUUCAAACGGGCUUAGUCCUGGAGUUACCUGUACCGAGAUGCUGCAGGAAGUGCGUUCGUCUCUUACUGCUCUGAGAGAAACCCUAUUUGAUUGUCCAGAGAUCCAAAGCAUCACAGACAGCGUCGGAGACACUCCAGAUUUUGAGCUAGAUGCUAUGCUGGAGCUUGCCUUGCAUAAAGUAGCUCUGAAGCCAGUUUACUCUCACCUUUAUGUAUGUCUAAAGACAGCGCGCAGGGAUGAUGGCACUCUGCAGCGUUUAGAGGACAACAAGAGCACCCUGGAGAACCGUAGCCUGGAGGAACUGGAGGGUGCAUCAGGGGCCGGGGUACCUGAUUCCAGCAUGAUGGAGAAGAUCCAGCAACGCUGGACCACAAUCCAUGAGGCCUAUUCGCCCAGUAAAAAAGUUGACACACUGCUCAAAGUCUGCAAGAAUAUUUACCAUAGUAUGAAUGCUAAUGCCAAGCCCGGUACGAUCUUCGGGGCAGAUGACUUCCUGCCAUGCCUGACAUGGGUGUUGCUGCGUAGCGAUGUAGCUACACUUCAGGUUGACACUGACUACAUGAUGGAGCUGCUAGACCCCCUGCAACUACAAGGAGAGGGUGGGUACUACCUUACAUCUCUGUACGCUGCCCUUUUUUAUAUUAGCAGCUUCCGGCCUCGUCUAGCGAAGCGGCAACUUAGCGCAGAAGCACACAGAUCUCUCAGCCAAUGGCACCGCAGACGCACACUGCACUGCAACCAAUCACGCCGCAGCAGAAAUCGAAGGACCAUACGGAGACAUGGUCUUGCAGAUGGAAGCCGUAAAACAUCAGACGAACGGAGCUCUUUGAAUGCGAGCACAGAGUUCAGCGAUCUGACUGACGCCAUGCCAGCCUCUGACGUUCAAGAAACUCUCCAAGGUUUGGAGGAAGAGUUAGAGGCGGUAAAGGAAGAAGAGGAGGAAAAACAAAUACAGGCACCAGAGACAUUGCACCUCACCAGUUCUAAAACAGGAGAUAAAAUUGGAGGUGAUGGAGUAAGCUGGAAAAAAGACAACUAAAAUAACAAAUGAGGAAAUGAUUAACUUUGAACUUAAAAGGAAUAGUUUGCCCAAAAAUGUAAAUUAUGUCAUCAUUUACCUGCUCUUGAGUAGUUCCAAACCUGCAUGAAUUUCUUUGUUCUGCCAAACACAAAGGAAGAUAUUUUGGGAAAAGUUUGUAACCAGGCUGUGUUGGAUCAUCAUUGACUCUCAAAAAUGUCUAAAGUGUACUCGCAAGUGUAGCCCUGAUUUUCCUGUUAUGUUAGACAAUAAAAUGAGUUAAGAAAACUAAUCGUGGCAAACCUCCACAAUACCCUAACUUUAACAAUCUGCUGUAAGUAGUUUUUAAUAAUGUUAAAUUUUUCACCAUGAUUUACUCGUGCUCUUAUCAAACAACUCAUUUUCUAUAUACAGUAUAUUGCUUUUUAUUUAAUAAAUUAACUUUCACUUGAA